UAGUGGACCACACGACACCGGAAGCUGUUUCAACAACACGGAUGCUGACUCAUUCAACCACCUCCGUAGCCUGGUAGCCAACAAACAACCGAAAACAUUGAAGCUCUUUGGACCAUUUUUGAUCUCGGUGUUUUUAACACAAUCCUCUUUACGUAUCUACUAUUUAACUUAGGCGUAACUUGUUUGCUCAAUUUACACAUUUGUUGAUUAUACUGAACCUAAGCUAAUCGUCAAUGCUAGCUAGCCCACCAUGAGCUCUCCAAGCUACUCUCCUCCUGCUAAAGAAGAGGUCUGCUGGACGGAGAAAGAGGGUCUGUGGCUGAACGUUGUCGUGAAAGAAGAGGGGGAAGAGGAGGAAGUUUCCGUAAAAGGAGAGGAAGAUGCUUUCAGAAUGAAAGAGGAGGAAGAGGAGGCUAUCAGUAUCACGUUUAAAGAAGAGGGAGAACCUUUUGGAGUGGGAGAGGAGGCUAUCUCAAUAAAAGAGGAGGAGGAAGACGUUUGGAGAGACGAAGAGGGAGAGGAAGAGGAGACUGAAGAUCUGAUUAACACCAGAGAGAGACGGGACUACCGUGGGUCCUCUGGGGAGCCUCAACAACCUCAUGAUGCUGACAAGGCAGAGAAGAGUCUCUCCACAUCAGAACACCUCAAGAAACACCUGCAGAGAUCCACAGGGAAGAAACCUCACUGCUGCUCUGAUGGUGGGAAGAGAUUCACCUCCCCAGCAGGCAUUAAAAUUCAUCAGAGAAUCCACACAGUAGAGAAACCUUAUAGCUGUACUCAAUGUGGGAAGAGUUUUACUCAUUCAACCAGCCUGAUAUCACACCAGAGAACACACACAGGAGAGAAAUCUUAUAUCUGUAGCUGUGGUAUAUGUGGGAAGCGUUUUACUCGGCUAAGCAGCCUGAUGUCACACCAGAGAACACACACAGGAGAGAAACGAGAGAAACCGUAUAGCUGUGAUGAAUGUGGGAAGAGUUUUUAUACAUCUUGCCAUCUUAUUGUACACCAAAGAACACACACAGGAGAGAAACCGUAUAGUUGUACUCAGUGUGGGAAGAGUUUUUUUACAUCUAGCAAUCUGAAGAGGCACCAGAGAACACACACAGGAGAGAAACCUUUUAGCUGUACUCAAUGUGGGAUGAGUUUUACUCAGCUAAGCAACCUGAUAUCACACCAGAGAACACACACAAUAGAUAAACCUUAUAGCUGUCAUGAAUGUGAGAUGAGUUUUAUUAGCCUAAGCAGCCUGAUGUCACACCAGAGAACACACACAGGAGAGAAACUUUAUAGCUGUACUCAAUGUGGGAAGAGUUUUAAUACAUCCAGCAUUCUGACUAGACACCAGAGAACACACACAGGAGAGAAACCGUUUAGCUGUGAUCAAUGUGGGAAGAGUUUUGCUACAUCUGGCCAGCUGACUUCACACCAGAUAACACACACAAGAGAGAAACGUUAUAGCUGUGAUCAAUGUGGGAAGGGUUUUGUUCAAUCUGGCAAUCUAAAAGUACACCAGAGAAUACACACAGGAGAGAAAUCGUAUAGCUGUAAUCAAUGUGACAAGAGAUACUCUAAUAAAAGGUGUCUGAUCAAACAUCAGAAAAUACAUGAAGGAGUUGUUUCAUGAUAUCAAUGAAAUAAUGUCACAAUGUAGAAUGUUUUAACAUUGUAGUAGGAGUAUUUUAAUGAUGUCACAAUGUAGAAUGUUUUAACAUUGUAGUAGGAGUAUUUUAAUGAUGUCACAAUGUAGAAUGUUUUAACAUUGUAGUAGGAGUGUUUUAAUGAUGUCACAAUGUAGAACCCUAAAUGUUUGUCCCCUGUUCUAUUGAUUUCAACAUGAUAUGGAUAUUAGCCUCAGGGGGAAAAUCCAGGCUCUGAAUUGGAAGAGUACUAUUUAUGUGAUUUAACAAAAAGUGACUAACACAAAAAGAGCUGUGUUACACUUACCACUUUGGUGACCCACUUGAAUCAAAAUGCAACACCUCAAAAUGUAGCGAGCUGUUUUCUACAAAUUGUCCUCUAAUCAGGGAUGUACACAUUACUCCCAGAUUCUGUGUGGUUUUUGAGCUGUUAGUUUUAACAGGACGUGCAACCUCAUCUCCCUACUCUCGCACAACUGAUUUCAACAUAAUAGCGAUGAGUGAUGACAAAUAAGUGUUGCGUUCCUUUGUUCAGCGUCCCCUACAUUUAAAUUCAUUACUCCAAUAUGUAGCUGACUGUCUUCUGCAGGUUGUCCUCUAACCAGUGAGGUGAAAUAUAUCUCCCAUUUCCGUGUGUUUUUUUAGUUGUGUCAACAUCACGUACAUCCUGAUUUCCCCCCUAAUCGAUAUCAGUGAUUUAUACAUAUUACUUUAUGUUCUAUAUUAUACAUACAAUACAUAUGAACAGACGUUUGGUUUUGAUAUUUCAUAUUUCCAAUUCAUAAUGAUUGUUAUGUAUAAAAUAUAUCUCCCAUUUCCAUGUGUUUUUUUAGUUGUGUUAGUUUCAACAGCAUGAACAACCUGAUUUCCCCCCUAAUCGAUAUCAGUGUUUUAUUGCUACUUGUCAAAACAACAGGGUUUUUGGUGCUUGUGUCCAUUGUGAGGACAACUUGGUUUCUGAUUGUCUCAAGUUUGGCCAGUCAAAAAGAUUUGUGUUUUGUGUUUAGCCAGUGCGUUCCCUGGAUCACAAAUUAUUUUGAGUUUCCGUAUUAGAGAUAAGUUAUGUUUGGGCUCAUUCCAAGGGGACGAGAGUUCCUAGAAGCUAGUGAGUUUUAGGAAGAGAAAAAUACACUUUAUUGUUCAUGUUUUUAUAUGUGAAGGUGAAGCAUUGUAGUUGAUUAUAAUGUGAAAUGGAAGUUGUUUUCAAGGGGACGUAGGAUGUAUCUGAUGUAUCUUUUACAGCAGACAGUAUCUGCUGUAAAAACAGUACUCUUUGUGUAGAGACCAGGGUCUGGCCCUGGGGUCAUCUCUCCCUGGUACCAUAUAGAACAGAAACAUUAACUCAUGCUCUGGAAUGCGGUCUCUUCAGGUUUUAUCACCCAAAAUACAUUGCAAAUCUCCUGUCAGUGUUAUCGUUCCAAGGGGAGGAGAGUCCUAGAAGCUAGUGGGGGAAAAAUACACUUUUUCUUGUUUUUAAUUGUUGAUAGCCAGUAGACACCAUGUUUAUAUUGGUGAAGAAUUGUAGUUGAUUAUAAUGUGAAAUGGAAGUUGUUUUCUGUUGGUGGUGCACAUUCUUUUAAGGUGUUAGUCUUUGGUUUUUCCAUUUAUGAUUUGAGGUUGGACUUUAGCACGUAUAGCUCGUUAGCACGUAGGACGCACUGAUUGGUGUCACCUCGUUAGUCAGUAUGUGUUACACCUGUGAUGGCUUGUCCAUCUCGUUAGUGGGAAGGUGUUUCACCUGAGCUGGUCCAGGUUAUAUUUAAAAGUGUCUGGCCCAGUGCUCCAGUUGUCUUGAUAGAUGUGGAGAGUCAACACCUUUAGUUGCGCUACCUUUUUGGUUUGCUUCCUGUCUUUAAGUUUGUUGUAGGUUUUUCUUUUGUUUGCCUCUUCUUGGGCAGAUUUAGUGAGUCUCAUGGUGGGUGUCUUUUAGGUCCCAGUUGUUGUUACUAGUCAACUUUCAAUGGACACCCCAUAGUGUCUUUCAGAACCCCUCCUAAAAAACAAGCUUAUAUUUUGGGUUGGAUAUUGCAUCCAAUUAGUGUUUUAAUCAAUGGCAUUUCCUUAGAAUGCUCAUUGGUCUUUCAGUUGUUAAUCUUCUGUUUUUUUUAUCCUGUUAUUUUUGUUUACCAAGUAUUUCUGUUUAUUUUCAUUGUUUUCUCCUGUGAAGCCAUUGUGUUGCAUCCAUGUCUGAAAUGUGCUGUAUAAAUAAAGGUUGAUUUGAUUUCAAAAAAUGAACUCAAUGACUGACCAAUCAACAGACUCUUGGUCCAUCUUAGCAUGAAAAACAGUAUCAAUCCCACUUUUCCAGCCUGCUGAAGGCGUGGUGGAGUGGUAAACACCACCCCCGGCUCUACCAGGGGCUCUAGGUGGUCUCCCACAGCUCUGCUGGUGGAGUGGUAAACACCACCCCCGGCUCUACCAGGGGCUUGAGGUGGUCUCCCACAGCUCUGCUGGUGGAGUGGUAAACACCACCCCCGGCUCUACCAGGGGCUUGAGGUGGUCUCCCACAGCUCUGCUUAUGUCAUGUUCUGUGGCCUUGCCGUUCCUUUUCUUGACUGCCCCUGCAACACAGAAAGAAACACAUUUAGUCAUAAAACACUCAAAGUAAUGGAUAUGGAGCAUCUAUGGCCUCAGUUACACCUGGCACCUAAAUGUGACUUCUGUCAUCUGAUCACUCCAAGCUGAAUUAGGUUCAGAUCUACCAGGAUGGGCCUUUGACAGUCUGGACGCAGUCAGGUCACCACAUAAAAAUAAGCAAUGUAAAGAGAUGGGGUGAAUGAGUGGGGAAAAGUACAUUCUAUACAAAUGACCUUCAUAAUAACAAUCAACUAAUGUGUGUGCCUGAGGGGAAAUUAACUUUCCUACUGCCAAAAUGGGUGAGAAAUUACACCAAAACCAGUGGACAAUUUGCACUGCUGCUGAAAAACAUCACAGCAUGAUGUUGCCAUGACCACCGCUUCACCGGGAUGGUACCGAUUUUCUCCAGACAUGACACAUGACAUUCAGGCCAAAGAGUUGGUUUAAUCAGACCAGAGAAUCUUGUUUCUCAUGGUUAGAGUCCUUUAGGUGCCUUUUGGCAAACUCCAAGCGGGCUGUCAUGUGCCUUUUACUGAGGAGUAGCUUCCGUCUGGUCUCUACCAUAAAGGCCGGAUUUGUUGGAGUGCUGCAGAGAUAAUUGUCCUUCUGGAAGGUUUUCCCAUCUCCACAGAGGAACUCUGGAGCUCUGUCAGAGUGACCAUCGAGUUUUUGGUCACCUCCUUGACCAAGGCCCUUCUCCCCCGAUUUCUCCGUUUGGCCCGGGCAGCCAGCUCUAGGAAGAGUAAUGGUGGUUCCUAACUUAUUUCAUUUAAGAAUGAGGGCGGACACUGUGUUCUUGGGGACCUUCAAUGCUGCAUACAUUUUUUGGUACCUUUUCUCCAGAUCUGUGCCUCAACACAUUCUUGUCUCAGAGCUCUACGGACAAUUCCUUUGACCUCAUGGCUUGGUUUUUGCUCUGACAUGCACUGUAAACUGUGGGACUUUAUAUAGACAGGUGUGUGCCUCUCCAAAUCAUGUCUAAUCAAUUGAAUUUACCACAAGUGGACUCCAAUCAAGCUGGAGAAACAUCUCAAGGAUGAUCAAUGGAAUCAGGAUGCAUCUGAGCUCAAUUUCGAGUCUCAUAGCAAAGGGUCUGAAUACUUAAGUAAAUACAUUUGCCAGAAUGUUUACAAACCUGUUUUUGGUUUGUCAUGAUGUGGUAUUGUGAUGUCAUUAUGGGGUAUUGUGAUGUCAUUAUGGGGUAUUGUGAUGUCAUUAUGGGGUAUUGUGUGUAGAUUGAUGAGGGGAAAAAUAUUCCAUUUUAGAAUAAGGCUGUAAAGUAACUGAAUGUGGAAAAAGUGAAGGGGUCUGAAUACUUAACGAAUGCACUGUAUACAGCUGGCAGAGUUUUCUACCAUUGGCAGUUUUGUACACAGUCACGUGAUACGUGGUAUAGAAAUGUCCAAUCAUAGGAGAGUACAUGGGAGGCACUAUACUGUGUGUCUGCAGGUGUCUAUCUGGUCAAAACCACUGAUACAGGUGCCCCUCCACCCUCUGGUGGGAUGGAUCAUGUCUACAGAGACACCUAGAUUCAAAUACUUAGAUUUGUGUGUAUUGGGUUGUGAAAUUGUUAGAUAUUACUUGUUAGAUAUUACUGCACUGUCGGAGCUAGAACCACAAGCAUUUCACUACACCCACAAUAAUAUCUGCUAAACACGUGUAUGUGACCAAUAAAAUGUUAUUUGAUUUGAAAUAAACGUCCUAUUUAUCAAAGGUG